CCCCCGUUGCAGCUCAAUCGACAACGUCGUGUUGGUGUGGGCAGCAGCGGACACAGACUUCAUCAGCGCCAACAACGACCUAGUGUGCGUCCUCGUACCUCUUCGCAGAGCAGCGGAGACACGUCCCGUCUCUCGUCCACGCUUUCCGGCUCUGCACUUCCGCGUCUCGACCCUAUUUCCCGUCCUUUGUCCUUGUCGUGUGCCCGGGGACAUCGACGAGGAUAAUGACUCUUUGCGCGACAGAGGACAACUCUGUACGACAAGGAUUGGUCAGGAGCUGAGGAGCGAAACAUGGCGCAGGAACAAGACCAAGGCGAGGUUCCACGCAUCGACAUUCGAAGUCGCAUCGCAGCGUUCAGCAACGGCGACAGUGACAACAAUACAAAGGCCAGUGCAACCCACUUGUUGAGGCCAGCUAGCAGCGAUCUUCGCAAAGCGCCUAGCUUGACCGAACUCAAGCGUGAGGCUGGCGAUCAGAAGUCGGAGAAAGGGCAAGCAAGGCUUGUUGGCCUUCCAGGCCAUGUCGCGAGUAGGCCGCGAUCAAGCUCGAGUUUCAGCGGUCGCGGUGAUGGAGGAGAGGGAGCCGCAGACGAUGGCAGAAGAAGCCCUCGGCUAGGUGUAAAAAGUAUCAUUGCGCUCUACGGGCAAGGCCAACAGAGCGCAAACCCCCCUUCGUCAAUGUCAACGGCAACGAGCAAAGGACCUCCUGCUCCUAUUCCUCCUCGCCCCUCGGCUUCCACGAAGCACAUUCUCGACGCUUCCGAAGACGGAGAUGUGAGCCACCCCUCGCUACAGCUCGUUGAGUCACUCAGCCCCAGCCCGACCUCAUCAGCACCGAAGAUCUCACCUACCGUUGCACCGUCCCUGCCUCAAAGACCAUCUGCCGUUGUGCCUGAAUCUACGUCCAGCAAAAGAUCGUCUUCGAUCCCUCCGGCUCCACCGGCCAGGCCUGGAGCUACCUCGUCGACUGCUCCCGUACCCAGUCUUCCUCCCCGCAGACUCAAUGGGCUAGUCGCGAAAACCGAUACCGGGUCCAGCGCGUCCUCAUCCAGCAAUGGCAGUGGAUCUACCCCCAUGUACGCUCCGUACCAGCGCAAGAAUAACGGCGAGGCUUCCUUCCCAGCUCUGCCGCCUCGAUCCAAGUGGGCCGCACGAUCAAACGAUGACCUUAGUGUGAGAGACGGUCUGGGGAUCGACGCAAAUAAGCAGACAAGCACCGUUUCGAAUCACAGCCUGCCGGUUCGAGCGGGGGGGAUGGGCAGCUUGGGGGCAAAGUGGGCGAGUUCCAGCAGCGGACAAGUCAACGAGUUCGGCGCCUAUACCCAACAGUUUGCGCCACCACCAGCACCACCGCCACCGCCGCAGCGAGCUCAUAAGCCCCACCGAUCGUCACUGACCUCCAUCUCCUCGUCUGCCAGCAGCAAUGGUGGAGAGCAAGACGAAUCGUCCAGAACAAUUUCUCAAUCCCCUACACCAGCCAUAACUUCGAUGCUCGCUCCACCCAGACGCAUGACCCAUCUUGCCGCUUCGGGCCCUCUCUCGUCGGCAGCCCCGUCCGGGUCGUCGUCAUCGUCGAGAGCGUCAUCGCACUCUCCUGGUGUGGUUCAACGAUCGACAUCGGGCCCAAUUGCAGGUGUUCCAGCUUCUCGCGCUCUUCCCUCCUCCCAACAACAACCCAACUCGCGUUCUUCCAGUCCGCAAUUGGCUCCUCCGCCGCGCCACAUAGAGUCAACGAGGAGGCUGGCCCCAGCCGCGCAGCUCCACCCCGUGGGGGGUGCACAUGCGCAUGGACUCGGACUUGCCGGAGAUGGUCGACCGAGAGCCUCGCCAUACUUUGACCUGUCUCCGUCUGGUGCUCGAUCUUCACCUCAUGGCGGGAGCGCUCGCCGAGGACAUCGUCGAGGGUCUCGCACAAAGGACGCUGCUGCUGCUCUGUCACGCGAUCCCGGCGUCGCACGGGCCCGGUAUGAGGCACUCUUCAAUUCGUUACUCGCGGCGGGAGCAGAAACUGUCUCGGGAAAGAGGGUUGGGGCUAUAUGGAGAAAGAGCAGACUUUCCGAGAGGUUUCUCGGCAAAGUGUGGGAGCGCGCGGUUGACUUUCAAGAGACUGAACAGACGGAAAAGCCAGCCGCCCUGAACGGGGAAAACAAGCAGAUCAGACGGAAGAGGAGGCUGGGAAAGGAAGCAUUCGUCAGAGCAAUGGCCGCGAUCGACCAUGAGCUCGCCAGACGCAGGGCCCGGAGGCUUUCGAGAAAGGCGAUCUCCAACGAUCCGUAGACCAGCGAUCAAUAGUGCACACUUUCGUGUUUCAAGCUACCUUCUUCAUUUAUCCAUACCAAGCACACCCUCUUCUCUCCUCUUAUGACAUUGGACAUUUGCGUCGAGCCCGUGCUCUUUGCGUAGGCUUCAAUAACGAAGGCCUCAUCUACAAUUGGGUGACUGUCUUGCCAAAAGACGAAAAGGAUGAAGAACACUCUAGAGUGUCUCUUCGGUCUUCGCCCCGUCUUCAUUGCCGGCACCUUUGGCAUCCUCUGCGAGGCGAUCCGCCUUGACUUCCCCGGGCGUCACCUCGUCUGUGUCGCUGGCCACCCCGUUUUUCGUCGACUCAUUGAGGCCACCUCCUUCUUCGUUCGCGACCCCUUUCUUUUGUCCCUCUUUCUUCUGUUGUUCCUCCUCCUCAUUCAAUUCCUCUUUUUUGGCAGCCUCUUGCUUCGCUUCGUCCGUCACCGUCUCCUUCGCUUCCUCUCCAU